AUGAAGAUCAUUGUCGUCGGGUCUGGUAUCGGUGGUAUCUCUGCCGCAUACCAUCUCGUCAAAGAUGGUCACGAAGUUAUACUGCUCGAAAAAAAUGCGAUGCUGGGCGGUCACACGUACGAAAUGGAAAUUGACGGCGAGAUGGUAGAUAUCGGCUUUAUGAUGUUUGGAGACUCAAACCCCAACAUCAAAGGCUGGUUUAAGUCGUUUGGCAUCACACAGCCGGACGGAACGACAAAGAAGCGCAUUCCUAUGAGCCUCACAGUCACAUCGGAUGUAGAAGGCGAUCUGCAGUUCUCAUCCCGUGCCCCGUUUCAUGGCAGUGUGCGCAAUCUCUUCGACGUUCGAAUCUGGCGCGUGCUUAUUGACAUUUACAAGUUUACGAUGGAUCUUAUGACGAUGCCUGUGAAGGAUCAAAUUACUACACGUGAAUGGGCGUCAAAAGGCCGCUACUCCAACGAGUUUUUUCGCCAUUAUUUCCUAGCCUUUGUCUCUAUUCUCUGGACGGUGCCCAAACAUGAUGUUUUAGAUCUGCCUGUGACACAAUUUCUUCGAUGUCUGAAGUCGCACUCCAACUCAUUGUACAUCCCGCUGUGGCAGGUAAUUCUCGGCGCGCUGGGGCGUCGCACAGACCGUCCGAAGCACUUGUGGUGGUACGUUGGCUCAGGCUACAUUGAGCCAUUCCUUAAAUUUUUUACGGAAGAGCACAGUGGUACAGUACGUUACAAUGCCACGGUUGACCAGGUCGAAAGAGGCGGCAAAGCCGUUGUGUUGGAAAAUGGAGAAAGAAUCGAGUGCGACCACGUCGUCCUCGCAACUCACGCUGACCAGAGUGCCAAAAUGUUGCGUUGGAAUGAAGAGGCUUACCGUUCACUGAUGCGUUUCCACUUCCAUAAAAGCAUAAUGUAUGUUCACCGUGACCCCAUCAUGCUACCGCCGUCGAACAAAGUGUGGAGCAGUUGGAACGUCCUCAUCACCAAAGAUGAGCAGUACAUCUUAACUUAUUGGAUGAACCGAAUCCAGCGUCUUAACAGCAAGGAGCACAUAUUCGUGACCAUCACACCGCACGACUGGAAGGGUAAACUUCCUGCUCCUGAUAAAGUCAUAUCUGCCUUUCGUUGGGACCACCCACGUCUACUAGCGGACUGCAUCCCGCAAGACGAGAUCAUUCAAGAGGAGGGUAUUACUCUUUCCGGCGCUUGGUUAGGACGCGGCUUUCAUGAGGAUGGAUUCGUAGCUGGCCGUCGAGCGGCAGCUAUCAUCCGUGAUCCGAAGCACCGGCGAACGCAACUUUACAAAGACCCUGGCAAUAUUCCAGUUCCGCCUGUUCCUCCUUUCGGUGUCCCGCUGAGCAUGCACUUGAUUGGUGUGACUGUUAUUGGCCUGAUGGGUUUUGGAUUCGCCAAACUUUUGAGAAGCAAAGCAUGA